AUGGCCUUGGCGCUUCCCAGCGUUCCAAGCGUGAAGGUCGCUCAUGCUGAAGGCAGCCUGGGCAGCCAGAAGCUGACCCGUGCGCUUCCGGCCCAGCAGGGGAAUUCCUGUGGCCGGUUGGGCCAUUUCAGCUUGGCCCUCACUGUCGCCGCCUCGCUCGGCCGCGCUGGCCAACGCCGGGCGGUGCGACGGCAUGCGCUGCGCACCGGCGAUGUAGGGGACGGUGGCGCCGAGGCCUUCUUUCCGGACGGCUCGACCCAGAACUCCGCGCAGAGCGACGUGGAGCAGCCCACCGAGCCACCGAUGCGCAUCGGUCACGGCUACGACAUCCACAAGAUGUUGCCCAGAGAUGAUCCAGAGGCCUGGGGCAAGAUCACGCCACAGCCUGCGGUCAUCGGGGGUGUCACCUUUGAGGAUUUCCCCCUGGGUGUGGUGGCCCACUCCGACGGCGACGUGGUCUACCACUCGACCACUGAUGCUAUCCUAGGCGCGUUGGGCCUCCCGGACAUCGGACAGCUCUUCCCGGACAACGACCCGCGUUGGCGCGGCGCCAACUCCGAGCAGUUCUUCGACGAGGCCGUGCGGCUGAUGAAGCUCCGGGGUUAUCGCAUUGGAAACAUCGAUGUGACCAUCAUCGCCGAGAAGCCUCGCUUAGCCGCCAAGAAGGUGGCGAUGAAGGACAACAUCAUCCGCAUUUGUGACACGAUUCCAGCGAGGGUGAACUUGAAGGCUCGAACGCAUGAGAAGUUAGAUUCCGUGGGUGAGUGCCGGGCCCUGGAGUGCCAUGCCUCUCGGCCGCUCCUGUGCAGCUCUCUUUGUUCCAAAGCUUACGAUAUGGCUCGCUCCAGCUCGCGUGUGCUCGCUUGCGUGCUCUUGGCCCUGGCCUGCUCGACGAUGCUCUGCUUCGUGGGCACCACUCCCACUGCUGCAGGAAGCACUCCGCUGAAGCAGUCUUUGCGCGCACCGGCCGUGCAGAUGGAGGCGCGAGGCGGCGGUGAGGGCGCGCUUGGCGACAUGAGUCCCGACACCUACAUCAUUGGCAUCACCGUGUUGUGUGUUGCAUCCUUGUUUGCCAACAUCAGUGGGGCGCUGGUCCUCGCGCUGGCCAUUUGGGGUAGUGGCCCUUUGUUCCUCGCAAUCUGCCAGGUCCCUACGCAGACCCCUCACCGGAAGUGGCGACCCUUUGGGUGCCUCCGAGUCGGGGAGCGUGGACGGCUUGGCGGUGGAGGCAAGGGUUCCGUGGUGCCACGUUGGGCCGACUACAGCGGGCAAGCGGCGCGCAUGUUCGACAACAUGCGUGCGCCAGCGGCACUCCUGGCGGGCGCCAUUGUGCCCUUGGGCUUCUUUGCUGCUCCACAGAUCCAGAAGAACGACGUCGCCUGGCUGGCGCGGCCACCGUUCCAGCUGCGCGGCGUGCGUCCUGAUAGAGCUUUGCGAGGUUCUAUCCACUCCUUCCUGUCCUACAUAUCCUACAUUCAGAUUUGGGGCCGAGCCAUCCGCAGUGUGCCUUCACCUGUGCGGGUGGAGAAGAAGCAGGUGAGCGGGUGGAUCCGCUUUUUGGGCACGACCAAGUUCGCGGAGGGCGACUGGGUCGGGGUGGAGCUGGAGGAGCCACGUGGCAAAAAUGAUGGCUCAGUGAAGGAUCAACGCUACUUCACCUGUGAGGAGGCGCAUGGGCUCUUUGUGCGGCCUGCCAAUGUGGACGUGAAGAGAAAAGCUCGGAAGACUGCCCAAGCACAACAGGACAUGAAGAACUUGAAGCUUGCAUUGGCAGAAGCAGUUGAAGAGAACGACGAAGAUGCCAUCCUUCGGUUGCUCCCCAAAGCACAGGCACAGGGUGUGCCGAAGGAAGAGCUGGAGUUAGCCGCAAGGCGCCUAGAAGUCCUGAAGUGCUCUGAGAUCAUGGUCGAGCAGCCAGAGCAACCAGAGCCGGAAGAUGUACCUUUGAUCGACCUCCUUGGUGGACCCAAGCGUAUCAAAGACUACCAGCAGGCUUCUCUCAGGGUUGGGCAGCGCGUCUCUGAGAUGCUGCGUGCGGGCGAAGCGGCGGCGGCGCAGCCAGCCAUCUUCCAGGGCAUGGGAAUCGAGAAUAUGCUGAAGCUCGCCACUGGAUUCAAAAAGAGCUUUGAUGAGCUGUGCACCAAGCUGAAACACAAGCUGCACCAACAUGUCUCACAAACUCCAGGAUACGGUGUUGAGUUUUGCUCAGCGGCCAUCAAAUCUGUGGCAUCUGCUGCAAGCAAAGUGAACACUGAAUACCACGGAGAUUGCCGACAAUUGAAGGAUGUGGUACGUGGAACCUUAGUGAUUACCUGUGAACACAUUAGCGACCAGACCAUUGGAGUGGCCUACGACUUGCUCGAAGUCUUGGUGAGUUCUGCAGAUGAGCUGCGUGAUUUCAAGGCACACUUUACCCGUUUCUCCGACCGAUACCAACGGCCUGUGGGACCUUCCAAGUACCGAGACUGGCUCUUCUUGCUAAAGAUCAACGACUUUAUUUGUGAGUUGCAGGUGAACUUUAAGAAAGCCGUGGAAGUGAAGCAAGAUGUGCAGCACGACGUCUAUGAGAAGGAACGCCUUGGUACCCGGAAGCUCUUGGAAGCUACAAUGAUGAAUGACGAGAACAUGGUUCGCAUCCUCCUGUCCACGGACAUUGAUACCAAGCAUUUAGUUGGAGCAAGGGACUGUCAUGGCUUCACUCCCUUGCACUAUGCUGCCCGGCACGGUUCCCGAAGGAUGAUCGAACUCCUUUUGACAGCUUUCGCGGAUGUGGCUGCCAUGGACUGCGAGGGCAACCCACCGUUGUACCAUGCAGUUAUGAUGGAGCAUGCAGAUGCGAGUUCACUAUUGCUGGAGCAGAUGAUGAAGCUGCAAAAGAACUGGAAAGUGCCUGGAUUGCAGAAUUCUCUUCAAGCCAUUUGGGGAGCCGUUUUUCAUUCAACUGUGGAAGAGAUGAGGCAGCUAGCGGGAAAUGUAGCUCUCCUUGCCCAGAAGUCAUACUCAUCAGCAAUAUCUCACCUUCAUGGGAUAGUGCAUUCGGGAGACACGCUGGCGAUGCGCGCCGCUAUCAAAACAAUGCCUUACUCCUGGCAAGCAGUGGGUUGGCUACACCCCUUGUUCGACAAGCAGACUGCCAUCAACUGCGGAUUGGCUGAUCGGGCAAUUUUGAGUGGCUGCGUGGAUAUGGCACAGAUGGUGAAAGAUCAUGGAGCAGAAAAAGGAUUUCCUGUAUCAUCACAAAUGCAAAGCUCUGAUCUGCCUCUUGUAGGGCAUGAUGAGAUCGAGGAACUCCACAGGCUGGUCGCACGUGGCGACAUCGGUCAAUUUCGUGCUGCCCACAUGCUUCAGCACCGAGAUCCACAAGAGCUGGCCAAUCUUCUCAUGACAGCCUGUCAGUUUCGGCAACUGGAAAUGGCAUACACCAUUUGGAGAACGAAUGAAGAGAUUGGCCAAGUCCUUGAUGGCAACAACAGGAAGGCCUUGGCAGAAUUGGGGGGAGACGCAGCAGCCCUAGGGCAUGUGGAUUUUGUCCGCUUGGUCAUCGAAGCUCACGUGCCACUGAACCACAUAUCCGAGCUGACAGGGAGGUCCAUGGUUGAAAGAGCGGCUUUAACAGGUCAGCUAGAGAUCAUCAGUGCAUUGGCGGAUGCCAAUGCCUCAGUUGGGUGUGACGCUCUUUCCUUUGCACUCUUCUAUGGGGAGGCCAAGGCAGCAGAGCUCCUGAUCGAAAAGGGUGCAGACCCUCAUCAAGAGUUCGGGCCAACGGGACUCCAUGGUCCCCUGACUCAAGCUAUAGGCAGCAAUCGGCCAGAAAUGCUGCAGUUGCUCGCAGAACGAGGUGUAGACGUCGCCAGUGAAGAGUCACUUCAAAUGGCUGCAGCGCUUCAAGCCCAGGAAUCACUGGCCUUCCUACAGCAGAAACUUGCCGAAAGGAACUCCUAG